GCGAAGCUUAAAAAAGUAGGUGAGGUGAGGUAGAAUUGGGGUCCCCCGAGAGGAUGCAGUCGAUUGGGUUUUGACGAAGACCAGGUUGCCGUUUGAUCAAGUCCGGUAGGUGAGGCGAGGUUCAAGGAUUCUCCUUCCUAAGCAAGUCUGCUCUUUUCCCAUGACUUGUCCACAGGGCAAGUCCUGUGGACAAGUCCCGCGGACCCCCACUUCAUGGUCUCCUCGGUUUUCUCCUUCCCUUUGCUUUUUUCUUCCGUGUGGAUGGGGCCGCCGCGUCCUGUCAGAGGGCGUUGUAUCAACUGGAGUACCAUCGGCCCUAUCAGCGGGGUGGUGGUCCCAUCUAGAGUUCCUCACCGCCCUGUUCCCGAAGAUGUGUGCGUAGAGUUUUAUUCAAGCAAUUGCCGAGACAUGGGAUGGGAGCUCGGGUUUCUGCCAAGUCCAAGGCAGUGGGCAACAGCGCAAUCCCAUGCUAAUCGUCUCUUUGAGUUCAACCAAAAGGUCUAACAUGAAGUUGUACAAACCCAGGAGAGUUGAGAGGUACAAGACACACACACACACACACACGCAUGAAUACAACAACGUCUGCCUGCGUCUUGCAUGUGUGCUCCUACUGACCUUCUCGGAACCGCAGGGACCGC